GCCAACUCUAUGCUAUUGGGAGAACUCAUUCUCUGUUUUUCUUUUGGAUCUUUACUUCCCAAUUGAUUUUCACAUCCAUAUUUACAACAAUCAUCAACAAAAAAAAAUUCAACCGUUGGAUCAUAUUAUCCAUGGUUCUUUCUGGAGCUGCCACAGGCUUAGGCAUUACAUCUUCAGAUGGCGCCUAUAUUCCCUGUGAAAAUAAUGAAGGCUCAAGAAUGAGUAACGGCGCUUGGUGUGCCUUCUUCGGCACGGUAGCAUUCUCUCUAUCUUUAUGUAUCAUGCAAUUAGGAUUCCAAAAGGUCAUACCACCAACUACAGAGAGUAGAGAUUCCGCGGUAAUGCUGAUGCAAACCAAUGCUUCUAUGAUUGCAACAUUGAUAUGUUUGGUUGGAUUAUUCGUAAGUGGUGAAUUCAAAGAUAUCAAGGAAGAUUUGGAGACGUUUAAGAAGGGGAAGCAACUUUAUGUUUGGAGUCUAAUUGGAUUAUCACUUGCGUGGCAAGUAAUGUCUUUAGGGCUUGUGGGGCUUGUGUGUUUGGCUUCUUCUCUUUUCUCUAAUGUUGUCAGCUUCUGCGCAACACCUUUAGCGAACAUUCUCCUUGUGUUGGCGUUUCGGUUUAUGGAUGCCGACGUGAAAUUUUUUAAGGAAGGAGCUCUGGUAGCUGGGAUUCUUGGUUUUGCAUCUUAUGAGGUACCAAAAGAUGUUGCCAUAUCACCCGCAAUGGAAUAUGACAUGGAGAUUUCUCACCAUUACUCACACAAACAGCUCGAUUUCCUUGAGGCUUGCGCUGACAAGCCGAGCACAGAAUGCGGAAAUGAGGUUUUCAAGAACAUGUUGGAUGAGACGACGCCAAUUACAGAUGCAUGUUGUCGUGAUAUAUUGAAGAUGGGAAAAAAUUGCCAUCUUGGAUUGGUUCAAAUCAUAUUCGCCACGUAUGAGUUUAAGAAUUUUGCAUCUAAGGGUAUUCCGAAAAGUAAACAAACAUGGAAUGAUUGUGUUCGUAGAGUUGGGAGCAAGAUUGGUGCUCCGGAUGUUUUUGAGCAGUAAAUUAAUGUGUCUAUGAGUUUUUGUAUUUUGACUAUUACCAUUAUAAAACAACUACCAUUUU